AGCUGUUCACAGGGCCGAUACAGGUACCACUCGCAUCCCCAUUAUUAUCCAGAUGCCCUCUAAUUAUAACUUUGCUAACAACUACCCCUCGCAGACCCAAUCACAGAGCGAUCUCGGUCAGGAUGCCGAAAUUGUCCCCGAAUAUACUUAUCGCUCAGUUACUGCCCAUCCCAAGCGUCAAAUUUGGCGUCGUAGCGCUAGCUGUAAAGACCUCUACGAUUUCAGUUUUGAGGAAACAGGUCAAGCAAAAUGUAGAUCUCAACCCCCGAAACUCCUCGAAAAAGCUGUAAUUAGUUUUGAAGAGCGCAAACUAGAGUCCCCGAUAACUCGCUAUGAUGACCAACCUAUUUAUAGUGCUAGUUCGCGAGAUAGCAGCUUAGAGAUACAUCAAGACAUAAUGGUGCCUGAUGAAAAGGUCUAUUCCAGUAGCUACCCCGGAACGACUUCAUACUCCCAAGAAUCGGUCGAAGAUCCCGGUAACUAUGAUCUGCGUGACUCGCAAGACGACUUAUCCCAUGAUAGUUAUGAGCUUAUAGAAAAAUCCGAUGACGAAUGCAGUACUUCGGGCGAAUACAAAUACAAAAAGCGCAAACCUUUCAAUACUAGAAGCUGUAGUUUAGAUUCAGGAAAUUACUUACCAUCAGACAGCGAAUCUGAAUACGAGAGAAGACACAAAUGUAAGAGUAGCUCAGAUGUUCAUGAACAUAUUUUCCUGAUAGAAGAUCCCAGAGACUUCCCAAGAGAAAUAAUUCCUCGAAAAUCCGACGGAAAUUACUACAAACAUUAUAAACAAGUACCAAGAAACUCCAGUGUAGAAUUUAAAAACUCAAAGUCAAGUCGCGAAAGUCUUAAAAAACGUAGUAUCGGUUCUCGCACAUCCAGUCGGGAAUCUAAAUCUGACUACGAAUCUAAACGACCCGUUUACAAAAACCGCAGCGUCGGAACAAUCGAUUCUAGAAACGGUUUUGUUGACUCUAGAAACUCAAGUGUCGAAUCCAAAAGUGAAUACUACGACGCUCCCUCUAGAUUUGUGGAUCAUAUGCCUUACCAAUCUUUUGAUCGCAAAAUUACUUUCGAAAGAAACUAUGGUAUACAAAAAUUUCAACCUCGAGACAAUAUGGAGGUUCAUCGAAAUUUUGUCCAUGUUCACUCCAUUAGUCUACAAAAUGUAGAAACUGAACAGAACAUAAAAAUAAAUCGUCUUCUAGCAAAUUUGGAACAGAAUACAGUUCCUAGAACUCAAAAAUCCUCACACAACUACAGAUCGCAAACGCUAGACACUGACCGUCAAAGGUCAACAUCUUUUUGGCAUGAUAGUGAUCAACGUACCUGGCCGGCUCAUCAUCCUAGUACACAAAGAUCAAUUGAAUCAGAGAGUAAUAUUUUUAGUUUUGAUGAAGAGAAAAUUCAGUCACUUCAAGACAGUCUAGACUCUGACGUUUGUCCUUUGGAAAAUUUUAGUAUUGUUUCUAAUAUCGAUAAUAAGCAGAUAAUCGAAGAAAAGAAAACUUAUCAUGAUAUAUUUAUGGAAAUAGAACCAAGAAUUGUACACGAUCUGCCAUUACAUCAACCUAUAGAACGUACAAAAUCUGAUCCCAAUUCUUUAGCUAGGCAGAGACUUAAUUUCAACUCGAGAAGAUUGCUACUAAUGCACCAAAAAUCCAUUGAUUUAACUCCAGCAGAAUCUAGCGAUGAAGAUUAUCUCUACAAACAAAUACCCAGUGCUCCACCUAUAAUGAAGUACAGAGGUACUCAUUUUGAAAUGCCUACUGCUGAAUUUGGCCACUUUGAUAUUAUAAAGAGAGAUGGAGAAGGCUUGAAAACUAAGUUUGAAGUGCCAAAAAGUCAAUUUGAGAUUUUGGGUGCUAAAACUCAAUCGGAUUUGGUAAAUCUACCACCAAAAGAUGAGGAUCUUACUUACGUUUUACACAAACGUCACGUAAUCAACGGUUCUGAUCGGAAAGAAGAACUAACCAAAGUCGACCAAACUAGGAAAGCUUCCAUUGAUAUCCAAGAAGUACCAAUGACGGAAGAUACCAAAAAAUCGCAUACUAAAGCCAAGGUUGAAGCGUCAGAAUUGCCGUUUUUGUUUACUCAGAACAUCGAUUUAUCAAAAAUUGAUCCCGUUACAUUAGAAGUUGAUAAAACCCAAGUACCUGUCCAACAUCUGUCUAGUCCUAAACGAGAUAUUACUCAUAUAGAUCCUGUUUUAUUAGAAGCAUUAAAUUCCAAACUUAGUCAAAUCGAAAGUGACUCGCCUACUAGUUCUAAAACAGAAAGUUUACACCCCCACAAAAAGUCUAUAUCAACACAAGUGGAAAAAGUACAAGUUAAGAAUGAAGUAAAGGUUGAGGAAAAUCCUGUUACUCAACCUGAAGUAAAAAAAGAAUCAGAAAAACCGAAAACUAAAAUAAAAACGGAUAUUAAGCCAAAGAGAAUUAUAAAACCCAGGAUGCAACCUGGCAAAAAAGGAGGAAAAACUAAUAAAACUAAAGUUAGAAUUACUUCUUUCAGUUCUGACGAUGAGAGUUUAGAUUCUGAUGAUGUAUUUGGCAGCGCAGAAGCUACUCCUACCAGAGUUGAAUUUUCUCCACCCCAAAUGAGAAAAGAAAUGGAAUCCAUAUUGAAAUUUGAAUCUGAGCGAAAGUAUCUUCAAUACACCAUGUCUUCUACAGAAGUAGAAGGAUCACCACCUACGACUAGAAAGAAAAAGGAGAAUAAAAACGAAAAUGGUCUUGAUGCCAUCCCUACAGAGUUACGUAGGAUUUCUGAAAGAUCUUUUUCGAUACCUAGUUCUGAAGAUGACUUUAAUGUAAAGAUAACUGAUCUUCAACCAGUUUUUACUGAUCCGUUACCAGAACCAUUAAGAACGGUUGACGAAAAUGAUAAAGAAGACGGCGAUAAAUCUUUAGAUGAAACUCUAAAAGAGGAUUACUCUACUGAUAAAGAACUAACUACAAUAGAUGGCAACCGUAUAAGGGAAAGAGAAAAGCAAAUAUUGCAAGCUGAAAUAGAGAAUGAUAUUAAGAAUUUAAGAGUGCCUUCCAAAACGAGAAUAACUGAAAUACCAUCACCUAGUAUAAGAAAACCGGGAAACAGCCCAUUACUAUUUGCCCAUGCCAGAUUAAAUUUAUCUGAAGGUUCUGCUUUCUCUCUACUUCAAAAACAACAAGCUUUAGAAUCGCCAAUAGCUGGAAGAAGGGCUAAAAGUCUAGACGCACCUGUUAUAGCUGUCAACAGAUUACCACCUCUUAACGCAUUUUCUAGCAAGGAUGACACAGUAGCUGAAGAAGACCAGCAAAUGACAGACAAAGACAGUGGUGUUGAAAACUAUUUGGCAAGCGACAAGAGUACUGAAGAAAACUCAGAUACUGAUGGUAGACCAAUAAAAAAUACAUUACUACUAUCAGAGGACAAUCUAGAUCAGGCUCCAAAUAAACCUUUACCAGACAUUCCUAGACCUGAAAAACCUCUUCCGAAGGUUAUUAGUGAAGCUGUCAAAAAUGAUGUUAAUACCAAAGAUAAAGAUAUUCCUAAAGAACUUUCUUCUAUUAACGAUAAAGAACAUGACCAAAUAGUUCCUGAUGUAAUUAAUAAAAAGAAAUCUAGUAGAGCUACUUUACAUACAAAACACAUCCAAAAGCUUACAAAAUCGAAACAUCCACUAAAAACCGCACCUAAACCGAUUCCUACUAAAGCUAAGGGUACUAGCGAAUCAAGUACAAAAAAAACAAUUGUUCAAAAAGGUUCUUCUACCGAGGGGUUAAAUAAAGAAGAAAAACUAAAAGAAUCUCCACAAAAAUGUUUGUCUUUGUCUCUAGUAGAAAUUAAGCGAACCAAAAGUCAAGAACUAGAAAGCAGCACACCAAAAGAAAAAGCUAGAUCAUUUGAGAAAUUAGAAUUAAAGAGAGCAAGUAGUAAGGAACGAACCAAAUCUCAAGAAGACUCCGAACCUGACAUUGCAAAGAGAAUCGAAAAACAACAAAUGUUAUAUGAAAUAGCUAUACAACAAACAAAAACCUUAAAAAGUCCUAUUAAAGAUGUUUUACCCGUUUUUCCACAAGUUGAAGAGAUGGUCAGAGAGCGUCAUGGUAAAUUAGAAAUUAGUAUAAACACAAUUGAACCUAAUGUCAGUCUAGAAGAGGCUAUAAUAAUAACAAAAUCUCCUAAAAAGUUGGACAAAAAAAUGGGCGAAAAAUUAACGAAAAGCUUAGACCUUAAUGUUCCUGAUGAUAAUAGCAAGAAUGUAUCACGUUUAGGAAAAAGCUUAGACUUAGAAAAUCGCCGGCAAGAUGGAGAUCAAUCUGUUAACGAAUUUGAUUUUAAACCUGAAACAAUAAGAAACAUCCAAGCCAAGGACUUAGAAGAAACCUCACCUCAAGAGGAAGUUAUUAAAGAAACAGUAAAAGCAGAUGUUCAUCAAGCUCUAGUUGAAGAUGGACAAGAUACAAUUAUUUUAAAAGGUACAACCUUAGAUGUAUGGUUAUCAGUUGAAGAACAAAAUGAAAAAUUACAGAAUAUCGAAGUGAUCCAAAAGUCAGAUGAUUUUUUUGAGAAUCGCACUUCCCCUAAACCACCAGACUUAAGUAAAACGGAUACUAAGAGUUCCUCUGAUUCUCAAAGUAUAGAAAAAAUUAGUCUAGGGGAAUCAUUAGAUAUUCGAUAUAUAGAUGAAUCUACAGGAGAUUCUUCAUACAAAUCCGAAAAAGACGCACAAUUAAUUGUUGAGAUGCAGAAGGCGUCUAAUACAGAUAGUACAUUUUUAAGGAGUAAAUUAGAGAAAAAGAGAAGAGAGGAAAUAAUAGCUCUAGAAAGCAACAUCAAAAUUACUAGUGAAGAGGAAUCGUUAACGGAAGUUAGUGAAUUAAAAGGAGAAAUUGAUAAAAAUCUUUUAUUAUCGGAUGAUCAAAAGGAUACAUUGCAUAAAUUGAGCAUCGAUAGGAGUAAAUCAGAGGACACAGGGUCUUGGGUAACGGUAGAAUGUGAAGAAUACAUAGACACUGUGGAAUCCUUAGAUUAUGACAAUGUCACUCUAGAAUCUCCCGAAAAACCUCUAGAUAUUGAAAAAGAAUUACGCACUCCAGAGAAUAUAUAUUUACUGACAGCAACUAAUAAGUCUAAGCUUGAUAUGUUGAAGAGAAGUUCUGACCAAUCAAAAUCUAGUGAUACUGGUUCUUGGACUAGUGGAGAAAAAGACUUGUCACCCGGAAAAGAGGUUAAAGAAACUGACGAAUCCAGUACAAGCUGUGCUAUAGGGAAAACAAUCGGAUUAAGCCAGCAUAUAGAAAUGUUUACCACAAAAGAUUUACUUGAUAAAGGUUCACCGGAACGCGAAGGCCCAAGAAGCCCAAGGAGUCCAAGAAUUUGCGUAUUAGGUAGAGCUUUUACCAUAGAUGAAGGAUCUUCCUCUCUUAAGUUAGAUGAUUCAAGCUCUGAUGAAACUGUUGAUAUACCAAAAGACUUAACGCCUAUUCAAGAAUCUCAAAAAGAAGACCUAGAUAUUUCUUCUAUUAAAAAACCAUAUCCAUUUGAGGAAAAGUGGUCUAAUGACUCUGAAUUAAGUCAACGGUUACACAAAAAAUUGUCCAAAAAAUUAUCUUCUGCAGAUAAGAGUACUGCUUCUUCUGUAGACGAUUUUUCGUUAGACAAAAGAAAACACAAGUUUGAAAAACCUGCAUUAUUUUCUUCCGACAGACUUUCUACAGAAUCUAAGAAUUCCAUAGAUACAGAAUCUAGUUCUGGAAGUAUAGGUGCAGCGUGCAGAGUGAAAAAUAGCAACGAAAUUCCUAAAGGACUCAGUUCAACUUGGAAAGCUUUUCCAUUGGAUAGCUCUGGUUCCGAAAGUUUUGAUGACAAUCUGCUUCCCCCUGACCAAGAUUUUGAGAAACAAGAAUACUUUAUAUGUAAAGAAACUACAGGUGAAUGUUCAACAAUAUCAGAUGUUUAUUUUAAGCAAGGCCCAGACGUUACAAAUGGCAAAGAUGAUACUGAACUUCCUGAAGAUUUAGCUAACUUUCCAACACAUUUCGGAUAUUCUCUUUCUGGUUUAAGUUUAGGAGGAUCUGAUAUAUUAGGAGCAUAUGCAGGUGGUGGGUAUAUUUCCAGAACUCUUUCUAGAAUAUCAGAAAGAAGCACAAACUCUGAAAAAUCUAGUGUAGAUGAUGAUUCUACUAAAGCUAGCACUCAAAGUGACAGUUUAAAUGAUGAAUCUAUGGCAUCUAGUAACCCACAAGUAAGCAUUAGUUCUGAAUCACCUAGUCAUGCUAGGCUCUCUGAAAAUGACAAAAAAACGCCUACAAAUAACGAAUCUAAAGAAGAAGAGGAUAAACUAAGCGAUUUAAGUAAACCUAGUGAUAAGCAAGAACCUUUACCUCACAUAGCUAAUUUGUUACAAAGGCAGAUUUCUGAUGAUAGACGAACGUCGGCCGAAAUGGCCGAAUUAUCAAUGGACGAUAUCGAAAUAAUAACUUCCGAAAGGGGUUUAAGAUUAAGAAGACAAGGAUCAGAUGACACAAUUAUUGAUGAAGAAUGCUUUGAACCAGAAGCUAGAGAUGAAAGAAUCAGAUCUAGUAGUCAAGAAAGCGAAGAUUGGCCUCUACCAGAAAUUCCACACCAAGGUCAAAAACUUCUAGCCAUGCACGAAUUUCCUAGUAGUGACACAUCUCAACAAACAACUCAAGUAUUUAAACCACCUAUUAAAAGUAUUCCAAAAACAUUUGGACUGAAAGGAUCUAUGAAAAGUCAAGAUUCUGAGCAGUGGCCAAGUCCUCCUUCUAGUGUUGUGGAACCUCCUGUUAUAGGAAAUGUAGAAACUUACUAUAUCACACCUCCACAGGAAGCUUAUAAAGUUGUCGUAGAUUCUAGUACAAUCAGUACUUAUGACAAUGAUUCGAAUUCUGACAACGAUAAUAAAACUAUUGAUGUUGAUACUGAGAAAACUCAUACGUACGAAAAUGUAGCUUGUGAAAACGUUAGUGAGAGCAUUUCUGAGAGCUUAAGUGUAGGAGCAAGCGGAGUGAAAAUCGUUUUGGAGAAAAAAUCUCAAGGAUCUAAUUCGGACGAAGAUUUAAACAUUUCUAAUCUUAAUGACGAUGUUUUUGUAGACGUAACGGAUAAUAGUAAAUACGAAUUAAGACCUCCUACGGCAAUGCGAAGAAGUACUGCUUCUGAUGACUCUUCUUAUUCUCAUAAGAGCGAGAGAAAAUGUUCUAAAGGUUCGCAUGGAUCUUAUUCCGAAGAGGAUUGUACUAGCUCUUUGGGAACGAAUUUAGAGGAUGGCACUGUUAGAUUUGCUUUAAAACCUAGUAAGUGUACCCAUAGUUCCCAUUCUGAGGAUACUUCGAUUGCAUUAAGUCUUUCUGAAUGGUCUAAUAGUACCAAUACAGUUAAGUUUCAGAACUUGAGCAGUAAUAGUGGUACUAAAAGUAGUUCAGGUGUAAAAAGUGAUGAAAAUUCUUUAACUGAUAUAGCACAUUCUAUAUCAGAAUGGUCAACGAGUAAUACAAGCAGUACUUUAAAAGUGCAACAAACCUCUGGUUUAGCCUUUCAGAAGUUAUCUUCUACUUCAACAGGAGAUAGUACUCUAACUGACCGUAUAUCGAAUAUAUCUGACUGGUCAAGUUCUGAUACAAAACCAUUCUUUCCACAAGUUUUGUCUGAACGAACACCUACUAGGUUAGGUUCUAGCAUCGAUAUUGAAGAGUUUUCAUUAUCCUCAGAUCCUAAAGGAGUGCCAAGUCCUAAAAACAUACCUUCAGAAGAUUUCGCUUUACUUUCAACUUUACCAACUCGAAUUGAAACGAAAUAUUCUAAAUCCACUGAACGACCAAUAAUGAUUCUUCCGAACUUCUCAGAUACUGAUAAAUCAAGUAGUUCUGUUGAACAACGAACCGUUCAUACUCAACGUUACGAUAAAGAUAAACAGAAGUACAUGCAAAAACAUCUACCUUCAAGUAAAAGUACUGAACGACCUAUAAAAGUUCCUUUAAAGUUAUCUAAAUGUUCACCAUAUUAUUCCAGUAGUUUAAGUUCAGAGUCAACACCUUUAGCUAGUACUAGUCCAGUGCCUGCUUAUAAAACAGCGACAGUACCACAGAUAAGAACACAUAGGAAACCGGUUUCUAAAAAUGUAUGUCAAGCCAAGAGUCCACCAAGUGAGAAUGAUUCAACCAGCAGCGUUGAGUCACCUAAAAGUAAAUCAGAAAGAGAUAGAAGAGGUUAUAGAAGGAAAAGGCAAUUACAGAAUCAGCGUAGAGCUAGAUUGGAAAAAGAACAACAAAAUGUUGAUGAAUAUUAUUUUGUAGAGCAUGAAGCAGGACUUGCAGAGUAUAGUGAGUAUAUUAGAAAUAGAAAUAUGGAAGAAAUGGCUUCUAACUUUCAGUAUGAAAGAAGUCUAGCUGAAGAUAAUUCUGUGAUGCAUUAUGCUGAAACGUUGGAAGAAGGUUACUAUCCGGACGAUUCACAAUCUGGAUCCGAUAUCAUGAGAAUGGAACGUGAAGACGAUGAUCGAUUUGAAAUUGUAGACGCUUUUGACAUGAAAUCCAUACCUCCACCUUUGCUAGAAGACGAUUUCGAAAAUGACCUCCACCAACAUAUUUGAUUUUAAUGACGUCGUUUUAUAGGGAUUUUUAAUCGGACACGGAUACGUCGUGUUCUUCUGUUUUUUUAUUGUUAUCGGCUACUUUUUUGUUGAUUUUGGUGUAUCAGACGUGAAUUAUUUCCGGUGAGUUUAACGUAUGUUGAAAAUUACUUACUAAAUCUUGUAAAGAUUUUAAUAGUUUGUUUGUCAAAAUCCGAAGUAAGUAAAUACAGUAGGAAGGCAAUAUUUUAAAUAUAUUUGUAAAAAAAGCUCUUGUUUUGAAAUUAUUAUAUAUAAUGGUUUAUUUACAUUUAAAAUUAAAAUGUAUAUUUUAUUUUAAUUUCGGCCCAAAAAAAAGUUUUACCACUUAGGUACUGAAUCAAUGACUAUUGAAGUUGACAUCAUCAUAAAAAGAAAACUCGAUUUUGAAAAAUCUAGAAACACGAAUGUGAUAUUUAAUGUCAAAUAAAUUGUUUCUACAAAACUACAUUGAAAAUGAUGAAAACUAUGAAAGAUAAAUUCUGUCAAAAAAUCGAUAAUGACAAAAAAAUUUCUCAAACAGUUCUAAAAUUAAUCGGUUUUUAUAUGUUUUUAACCACGCUGACAAAGAUUAGUUCUAGUAGUUAAUUCUCGAGACCUUGACUGAAAUAAAAAACCGCAAAGAAUACGGGGUAUCCCAAAAUUCCUUGUACAUAGAGCUACUUGUAUGUUGGUGUAUGAAGUUCCUAUCGACAACAUUGAACAAUUAUGGGGUAGGAUUCAAAAUGUUGUGAACUCUAUGCGAAAUGAUCUUGGCAUUUUAAAAAGAGUAGACUUCAAUUUCUUGCACCAAAUAGAAAUCAGCAUGAACAUUUAUUGUUAAUCAAUUUAUUCUUCUCUUUGAAUUGUUAUUUUUUAGUAGAUACCUAUGCCUAUUAAAGAUUUUUUUAUUGUAAUAACGUUAAAAUCGAUAGUGUUCGGGUGGCGGUAGUUAUAACCGCCAACUGAGUUUUCUUGAAAAUUUUAAGUUACUAACCAUCAGUCCAUCCAUACACAAUUUUUUACUCAAUUAUCAUGAGAGAUACAUGUUGAGGGAACAGAGGCGGCCUUCGAAAAAAAAAAACGAUAUUAUUUAUGGUAGGAUUAAUGUGGUUUUUACCCUUCCAUGAUUUCAGUUAGUAUAAUUUUUGCUUCGAACAAUGGCUCUUUAAUUAAAAUUUUAUAAAAAUCGAACGAAGCGUUUUUGAGUUAUUAAAAAAAAAUUGGAACAUAUUCUUGCAACUUUGAAGCUUCCUCGCAGGCAAACGAAGCACUUUGUGAUAUAAGUAAUUUUAGCUCAGUCAACUUAUUUUGAUCUCACCAACAUGCAGUAGCUCUAUGUACACGGGAUUUUGGGACACCCUGUAUAUUAUGUAACGAUGUUAGCUCAAAAAUUAUUCUAAGAAUUUUUAAUUUGUGUUUUAUAUAUGGUGAAUCAGUUUUAUAAUGAUUAUAAACUUUUAAGGUAGUUCACUCGUAAAACGGAUUUUCUCAAGAAUUCAAUAAAAUUGAAAUAUAAGGUUAAUGAAAGUGUCUUUUACUUAACAAAAAUAAUUUAAUUUGUGACCGUCCGUGAAACGAGAUAUUAACAAUCAACAUGUGCAUAAUUAACACUCUUGAAGCCUGUCAUGUACACAAGCAAUGCAUUUAAAAGGAGGUCCUUUCGCCACCAAUGUUAAAUAAAAAAUA